CUGCGGGGCGCAGGCAGCACUUCGCUGUGCGCUGCCCGAGCGGUGCCGGCAGGAGCCGGCGGAGGGGCAGCGGUAUCCCCGCGCCCCGCGGCGGGCUGGACGGCUCCUCGUCCCUGCGUGCCCCGGCGGCAGCGGGCAGUGACAGCUCGGCGGCUGGCUGCCCCGCCGUCCCCUCUCCCCGCCGCCCCAAAACUUCUGCACAAGUUUCGCGGCGGCGUCCGGGCUCCCCUCCGAGCCAGGACCCGCCGGCAGCACUGCGCGGAGCAAUGCGCGGUGCGCGGAGCGGCGCCCGGCCGCCUGUCCCCGUGAAACACCCGGGGUGCAGGGCUGCUCCCGGCCCUGACGUCAUGCUGCGGGCCGGUGCGGGGCUGAUGCUCCGUUCCUGAUGCCGGCUGGUCCGGGCGGGGGGGGAAGAGCACUGACAAGGUCCCGUCUCGGCAGCCGCACUCUCCCUUUCCAGCCCCGCUGCUCCGCUCAUCGCUCCGCGCUCCCCCGCCACUGUCCUCUCUUACAGGGGUCUCUCUCUCUCCCAGCGAAGUUUUCAGGACGAUAAGAGCUUCAGGAGUGUAAGGGGAAUACUUGCUAAACUCUGCCUCCUGUAUUAUUUAUGUCCAAGCAUGAUUUAUGAGGAAUCAAAGAUGAACUUGGAGCAGGAGAGGCCUUUUGUCUGCAGUGCCCCAGGCUGCUCACAGCGUUUUCCAACAGAGGAUCAUCUGAUGAUUCACAGGCACAAACAUGAAAUGACUUUGAAGUUUCCUUCAAUAAAAACAGAUAAUAUGUUAUCAGAUCAGACUCCUACACCAACACGCUUUCUGAAGAACUGUGAGGAAGUGGGCCUCUUCAACGACAUCGAUUGCUCCCUAGAACACGAGUUUAGGAAGGCACAAGAAGAAGAGAACAACAAAAGGAAUAUCUCCAUGCAUAACACAGUUGGAGUAGCAAUGGCAGGACCUGGAUCUCACCAGCUGACAAAUACAAGGAUGCCAAACCAUGACACCAGCGUUGUGAUUCAACAAGCCAUGCCUUCUCCACAGUCCAGUUCGGUCAUUACGCAAGCACCUUCCACAAAUCGACAGAUUGGGCCUGUCCCAGGUUCUCUGUCUUCACUACUGCACCUACACAACCGACAAAGACAGCCCAUGCCUGCCUCUAUGCCUGGCACCCUGCCCAACCCUACCAUGCCUGGAUCUUCUGCUGUACUCAUGCCUAUGGAGCGACAAAUGUCAAUGAACUCCAACAUCAUGGGGAUGCAGGGGCCAAACCUCAAUAAUCCGUGUGCUUCACCUCAAGUCCCCCCAAUGCAUUCAGAAGCCAAAAUGAGACUGAAGGCAGCGCUGACUCAUCAUCCUGCCGCCAUGUCAAAUGGGAAUAUGAACACCAUGGGCCACAUGAUGGAAAUGAUGAGCUCACGGCAGGACCAGACGCCGCACCAUCAUAUGCACUCACAUCCUCAUCAGCACCAGACACUGCCACCUCAUCACUCAUACCCGCAUCAGCACCAGCACCCGACGCACCAUCCUCAUCCUCAGCCUCAUCACCAGCAGAAUCAUCCCCACCACCACUCUCACUCGCACCUUCACGCACACCCGGCACAUCACCAGACCUCGCCGCACCCCCCACUGCACUCCAGUGGACAAGCACAGGUUUCGCCAGCAGCGCAGCAGAUGCAGCCCACACAGACGAUACAGCCACCGCAGCCGACCGGAGGCCGCAGGAGGAGGGUGGUAGACGAGGACCCGGAUGAGAGGAGGCGGAAAUUUCUGGAAAGGAACCGAGCUGCCGCCACGCGCUGCAGACAGAAGAGGAAGGUCUGGGUGAUGUCACUGGAAAAGAAAGCAGAAGAGCUCACCCAGACAAACAUGCAGCUUCAGAACGAGGUUUCGAUGCUGAAAAAUGAGGUAGCACAGCUGAAACAGUUAUUGUUAACACAUAAAGACUGUCCAAUAACAGCUAUGCAGAAAGAAUCGCAAGGAUAUCUAAGUCCCGAGAGCAGUCCUCCUGCGAGCCCGGUCCCAGCUUGCUCCCAGCAGCAAGUCAUCCAACACAACACCAUCACAACCUCCUCCUCUGUCAGCGACGUCGUGGGAAGCUCCACUCUCACCCAGCUCGCCAGCCACAGAACAGACAUCAACCCCAUUCUUUAAAGGUGGUUGGUCAGAAACUGCUAGGGGAGUGUGGUAGCGUAUCAAAGCGUCCUCUGUGCUAAGGACAUUUGCAACUGUAACUCAAGCCUGGAAGAUUCCUCAGUUCUUGAAAGACUCUGGCUUUCAUUUUUAUAGUUAUUAAAAUGUCUUUUAUACUUAGUUACAUGAAAGGGAGUUAUGCAAUUAAUAUGUUAUCAGCUUGAGAAAUGCUUUGGUGCUUUCUCCAUUUUUUUUGGUACCAGUUACUUGUUUAUAAACCUAACUGUUUCUGUACAUAGUCAUGUUUCCUUCUCACCAAUCUAGCCUGAAGCCUCAGAGAUACCAGGUUGUGUUAAACUGCAGCUUGUUAGCCAGAGUGAGGCAUGAAAAGUAUUAAACAGAGUCAUAUGUAGGUAACUAGGAGUAAUUAGGCUAUAAAUACAGAGAGAAGGGAUCUGCUGACAGCAUAGUAAAGAAAGAGUUAGCGUUGUGCUAUCAGCAGACCCCAUCUUGCAUUCAGAGCCUCUUUCAAAGCAGUUAUAUAGGAUGUGGCUGUCAGGACAAAAUCGAGCCCAAAUAACACGUUCUUUUGACUAGACCUCCCCCUUCUCCUCCCCUACCCUGGCCUUUUUCUCCUCCAGUUAUUCCCACACCUUCCUUUUCCCUUCCCAAAAUCUUUUCAUCCCCAGCUUUUUCUCUUUUUCUACCCUGCUUUUUUUUUCAUUCCAAGGCUUUCUCACUUCCCUCUCUUUUUCUUAAAGAAUGGUGAUGAACAAGCAAAAACUUCAAGCCCAGCUAAAAACUGUCGGUGCAGCUGCUGCUUUCACUAGCUCUUCACCUGCAGCUGGGCUGUGCUGAGCAUUUGGCUUUUUAAAAAAAGAAAUGCUCCUGAUUUAGUGUUUUUAAUAAACAGUGAAAGGCAAAAGCAGUGCAGCCCCAGGUGAAGCAGGAUUGAGAGCCAGCUGUGUUGAUGCUAGCAGCUCUGUGAGCUUCUGCAGCGAGGUACAGGCAUAGCGAACAACACCUGAGAAUCACAGGAAUUCUUUUGCACUGCCAGUCAUUAACAUAGAAAAAUCCAUGUAGUAUAUAAUAAUUCAGAAAAGUUCUGUCCCCUAACCCGAUUGCGUUGUUCUAGCAACAAAAGCUAACAGCCUCAGGUUUCACAGGCUAUAAAUGAGAAAUAAAUCAGUGUAAUGGUUCUGACCAGCCGGAAAAAUGCCAGUUUUAAUUCCCAGGGAAAGACCUGCUCUCUGCAGGCAUUUGUUUAAGCAUCCAUGGACUGAUCCCGACCUGGCAGACAGCAGUGUAGCUUCACUGACUUUAAUGGCACUUAACACCCCUUUACCGCGGGUAAGGAAUUGUCUCAUUAGGACACUAAAUAAUUUUUAGAAGGCGUGCAGCUGCUAAGAAGCACUGCAGGUAUGGCAAAUCCCACUGCACUCUGGAUAAAAUUCCGUCCUGCAAAGAGGGUCUGGAAAAGAGCCUUAUGCCACAAUUAAGGUUUUUGUUUGGACUCUGGGCCUGCCCCUCAGCGUGACUGAUUUGCAUCCCCGAGUGGUACCAGUGAUUGAUGGGAAAAUCAGACGGAGAUGAUGCCAGUUAAUUAUGCUGCCUUGCUUUAUACUGGGACCUGAUUUUGCUCUCAAAUCUGUCAACGGCAAAACCUCCUGCUGAUUACUCAGGGAGCAGGCUCCGAGCUGGUGAUAAAUGUUCAAACAUUUUGAGCUACAACUUUAAUAGCAAAACCUAAUUCACGUUAUUCCUGGCAAAUCCUCUAACCAUGAACAUGCUUUGUUCCAAAGCAAAGUUCUCCUCAUCUAAGACUGUGUCUUUGGGUUUUAGAGGAGUCUUGGGUUUGAGAAGGGUGGCUCAUCUCCAUGCAGGAGGGAGAGUGAAAAACAUGAAGCUUGAGGCACUGUAAGGAGCAGGGCCAUCCUGGAAGGGAAAGCAAAAUUCUGAGGAUCAUUCAUUUCUGAAUUAGUUCAUAUCUCGCUAACUAAUUUUUUAUCAGUAUACUUUUCUUUAACAGCUCACGUUCCAUUUAUGCAAGUACAUUCAAAAAAAAGAUUUUUAAUGUACAGUGUAAAUCUUGACUUGAUUAUAUAGUCUAAGAACCAAAAAGUUACAAAAAAAUACAAAUGUAAAGGAUUUUCUAUUAUAUUUUAGACAAACAAAUACUUUUAAAGUGUUUUAAAUACUGAAUCUAUAAUUUUUUGUUAACCUCCAGUUGUAAUAGCUAAAUGGUUUUGCUUCAUCAUGGCUCCCAAGGGAACUUUUUUCAAAUAUGCAGUCGAGCAAAAUAUUCCAGCUGAGUAUCCGCUAUGUAAAAAAAAACCAAAUAAGCCAUUUCCCCUGUGUCUGAAUUUCAUCAUUCACCAUGAAAAAGAAAAUGUCAUCGCAGGGUUAAUUUAAAAACUUUUCCUUUAUAUGGGUAGCACUUAAAUACAUUAAAAAAUAAAAAUCAAAGUUGUUGGUAAUAUUAGAAUACCCAGUUGAGCUACACUGCACUAGAAUUACGGUUUAGCUUCAUUUUAUUCAGUCUCCUCAAUUAAAAUAUUUAGCUGUUAAACUGAAAGCCUCUACAUUAAAACGAAGAAAAAAAAAAAGAAAAACAAAGAAAAACUACAAAAACCUUGCCUAAGUUUUGUUAAAUUCAGCUACUUGAGAGUUUGACUGAUGUGUAUUAUAUAUAGCUCAAUUAUUUCUUUUUUUAAUGCUAACUAGGCAAGCCAACUACACAUGUUGGCCUAAAUGUGUAAUUACAAUGAAAUGUCUCCUCUCUAUACUAUUGGCCUUUAGGUAUAAUCCUUGCUAGUGAUGUGGAAAUAAGUAAAAGAUGAAAAGCUA